UAAACUGAAAGAAAAUUGUAAUCCUCUCCCUGACUGUAGAGUGUAUGCUGGGAAAUCCUAUGGUGUGAUCUUCACAUACUGCCCAAGGGAAGGUAGCUCCUGCCUCAGCAUGGCUGCUCCCCCACCUGCAGAACUUGAGCAGAGCCUUAAAGAGCAUCUCUCCUCUUCUUCUAAGCCCACGUUGGACCUCCAGGCAGACGAAGCUACAUUAUUUCCAGGCGCUGGAGUCAGUGACAUACCCUCAGAUGGGCAUGGAUGUGAGGAGGAGCUUGGCACAGGAGCAGGCGGUUCCAGACAGGAUGGGGUUUGCAAACCUGAAGUGCCAGCAGCAGAUAGUGCCCCAACGGUGACAGAAGAGCCAAACCCAACCCUGGAGACACACAAGGACUCGGCUGGCAUGGACAGCAGCUACGACUUUUCGACCUCCAGCUUGGACAGCCGUUGUGAACCUGACCUGGCUCUGGCCACUGGAGACAGUCUCCCAGACAAAGGUCCCCAGUCGGAGGCUGGUGACCCCGGCUCCACAGCCUCCUUGCCCUGGCCAGAGUUGCCAGAGGAAUGUCCACCUCGGCCUAACACCCUGGAUUUCUCCAACUCCCUCAAAUUCCUGGAGGAGGUGAAGCAGAUGGGGCAGAGGAGGAACAGUGACCACUUGAACAUCCAGGAGAACGGGGUAGAGAGCUGCCCUGAGGCACCUCCCGUCAGCGAGGAGAGAAGGGCGCUGGAGUCGGAGCUGGGGAAGUGCAUCGAAGACUUCAGGAAGAUCAAGAUCCCCAUCUCCUUCCCCAACAAGAAGCGGCAGUGGCAAAGCGAACUACUGAACAAAUACCACGUCUGAGGGGAGGGGCUGGGACUGAAGCCUCCCACCACCCAGGACUGAAGCCUCCCACUGGCUUCCACAGCCACAAGAGGCACCUUCCCCUGCAUCCUGUCCAUGAUGGGCCAGCCUGCCAGGUGCUGGGUGUCCUUGGCCCCCGUUGAUGGCCAGGAGCAGCUCAGCAUCUUACAGGCUUGAGCCCUCUUUGAAGAGAGACUUGUGAGAGCCUCUUACUUUAAACCAGUUAUUUGAUUGACACUGGGACUAACUGAUUUGCAUCCUGUCUGACCUCAUUGACUUUACCUAGGUCACUCAGGGGUAGUUAACAACAGGGUUUGGUCCAUGUAUUCAAAACAAAGAGCAGUGGUUUCUUGGUCAAUGCAUCAUUCCAGGAAUUGGUGCUCCACAGGCAGAGAUUAUAAGGCUACAGCUUCCUUGUUCUCACGGCAGUCAAGGGUGAAAUGUGCAUGAAAGGAGCUGUACAAAUCCUAGAAGUGAAAAUAUUUGAGUCAGGAUGGGAAGGAGGAAACUGAUGUUGGUUCGGGUUGUGUCUGUAGGGACAAAGCUACAGCUCAAGCAAUAUGGACAUUCCUGCCUUUAUGACAGUAUGACUGUGAUCGGAGCUCCUGGGGUUAAUAAAUGUAGCCAAUGAUGAAACCUAAUUCCAGUCCCU